CGUCAAUCAUUUAGUCACGCCUCUCUGUGGGCGGAGUUACUGCGGCCUGAUAGCGGCGUGAGCGCGCCUCGCACACAGUCACAGCUACACGGAGUACUGCUGCGGGAUGGAUCGAGGAUAUUCUUCAGGUUUCUCUGGCUGGGGAGGAUCAGGUGGAGGAGGAUCAUCCAGAGGCUCGGGAGGUUAUGACCUGUACGGAUAUAAAGACUCCAUGUCCAGCGGCGGGUUCGGAGGAGGUGGGUAUGGAUCCAGCGAUCGCAUGAAGAGAGGACUCUCUGGAGGAUCUCUGCUGUCCUCCAGCGGCUCCAACGCAGACGACGUCAUCGCCAAGAUCAACCAGCGGCUGGACAUGCUGACGCAGCUGGAGGGGGGCAUGAAGAGCGGCUCUCGUGGAGACAGGUUUGCCCAAUACGAGUCUUUCGACUCGCGCUCCACCUCCCUCGGCCCCCGAGAUCUCUACAGAUCUGGUAGCUUUGGUCUCAGCGACUCCCGCGGCGACAUGAUGGCCCAGCGCGGAAGCGUGGGCUUUGGGGGCAUGGGCGGAGCAGGAGGGGGCGGCGGCUUUGACGGCUCUGCCUUUGGAUCUGGCAAAAUGCGGCUGACUCGAGACUCCUCCUUCUCGGGCUCCGGCUGGGGGGCGGGGCAGAGAUCCCCUCGCAGGAACCGAUCAUCUGGGGGGCGUGGCUUCGGCCGCAGGCAGGACUCCUCCUCCGCUGGCAUGGGGGGAGGAAGUGGGCGGGGUGGAGGCCACCAAGGCCACUCCCCCGCGGGGCGAGGAAAGCUGCCCUCACUCCUGGGCAAUCGCAUGUACCCCGACAGCGGGGCCUUCCAGCCUCAGCGCGGGCCCCAGGACUUCCCUGCGCGGAACUUCGGAGGGGGCCCGAGGGCCAACCGGCAGCACGGCCGCAAGAGACCCCAGAACCGACAAGUGAAAGCUCAGCGUGAUGGACAGAAGAAGAGGAAACAGACUCUGAGUGCCUCUGACGAGCCCGAGUCCAAGAUGGGCAGAACUGAAACCGCAGGACAAGCGGCAGCCACCGAUGCUUCAGCAGGAGAACAGACGCAGGAGUCAGAGGAAGCCACCGCCGCCGCUACUGACUCCAAAACAGAAGAUGGAGGAGAAGGUGCUGCAACAUCCAAUCAGGACGAGAGUGCCAAGGGAAAGGGAAAGAAGACUCCGCCCUCCGCGGCCAAAGUCAGGAAGAGGAGAGGCUUCUUUGAAAGGUCAGGGGUCAAACUAUCAGCACACAGGAUGACGUUCGCCUGCUCCGUCUGUAAGUUCCGCUCCUUCUACAGCGAGGACAUGGCCACUCAUCUGGAGAGCAAGUUCCACAAGGACCACUUCAAGUUCCUGUCCAAUCAGCUGUCCAAGCCCACCACAGACUUCCUGCAGGAAUAUCUGAAUAAUAAGUACAAGAAGACGGAGCAGCGAGUGAGUCAGAUGGACAACCACAGCAGCGUCAUCUGUCAGGUGUUCAAAGAGCAGGAUCUGACGCGAGAUCUCGGCAUGGAGCACUUCAUGAAGAAGGUGGAGGCGGCUCAUUGCUCAGCGUGUGACGUCUUCAUCCCCAUGCAAUACACGCUGAUCCAGAAGCACCUCAAGUCACCUGACCACAACUACAACCGCAAGGGCAUGAUGGAGCAGUCCAAGAGGGCGAGUCUGUCCGUGGCACGCAGCAUCCUCAACCACAAGGUCAUCGGGAAGAAGCUGGAGAGCUACCUGAAGGGUGAUGGUAACCAGGAUGACCAGGAUCUCGAGGACUCUAUGGUAAUGGAGGUUUCCGAGGCCGACCUCACCAAUGAAAGCCUGAAUGAGAUCAAACAGGAAGAGGAGGGGCCUCCGGUGGAGGGGGCGGAGCCUGUUGCUGAAGCUUUAGGAAAUGGGGAGAAGCAUGAAGAGGAGGCGAAGAUGGAGACAGGUGGAGCAGCAGAGGAGGGUGGUGAGGGUCUGGAGGGUGCAGAGGGUGUGGAUGAGGGCGAAGAGGUGUGGAGGGUCUUGAGGGUGCGGAGGAGGGUCUUGAGGGUGUGGAGGGUGCGGAUGAGGGAGAGGAGGGUGUUGAGGGUGUGGAAGUGGGUGAGGAGGAGGCGGCUGAGCAUGGCAUUGAUCCAGAUGCAGAAGCGGGGGGAUGCUGACGCUGUAGCAGCAGAGUAAUCGUUAACGAAACCGCUGAUUGGUGUCUAUUUGAAGAAUCACUUCUACAUCCUAAACCUUUGAACUUUAUAUGAAAGCUGUCCCUGGAUCAGGGCAGAAAUGCAGCCUGAGGACCAAUCAGAAUAAAGCCCGCCUUGUGUUCGUCCAAUCACAGGAUUGCUCCGCCCCUCUACGCCUGUGUGUUUGGUCUGUUUAGAUACAUGCAUCAUAUGACUGUUGAGGUGCCUCUUGAGAUGAUUUCAGUUCGUCACGUCUUUACACGCUGAAGUAAAACAUUUAAUUUUCUUCUGAUUUUUUUGUUUUUUUUGUUUCUAGUUUCAUGGAUGUUGCCCUGUAGGGCAGAGAUGAAAUGAUUUAAUUUUGCAGUUUCCACUCGUUGUUUUUCUCUUUUGUUGAGGAAAUAAAUGUUUGUAAAGUCA